AUGGAUCGACUAGAUGCUCUAAGCAUAGAUGCUAAUAGGAACCGGAAUGAUGACGGACCACGGUCCGGAGAAGACGUCGCUCGUGGGCAAGCCGUCAACGGACUUGCUCCUAGUGUUCACGGACGUCGGCAACAAUUUUAUGAUGAUGACUCGGGCGAAGAUGAAUAUUUUGAGGAACCCAUGCCGAGGCGUGUUGAUCAAGGGAGACUGCUCGACUUCAUGAGGUCGGUCGAAAGGAAUGACUUGAGGGAGAUCGAAGGGCAACAAGUUGCUAGGUACUUGGAAGGUCUAAAACUAGUCAUCGGGGACAAAAUAAGGGUCCAUGUAAUAAGGACUUUAUCGGAGGCUCGAAAUAUGGCCACUAAAGGCCGAACUAAUGUUGCAAGAAAAAGGAAGGCCGAUUACUCUCGUAGAAGUUAUGGUGGGGAUAAUUAUAAAACUUCUAAUGACAAAAACAAGGUUGUACGAUUUCUCCAACACACCAUGAAAGGCUUAUGGAAGAGAAAGCCACGGGAAAACGAAGGUCACGAAGUGAAAGACGGUCGGAGGGCCAUGAACCCCUAUACUAAGCUAAUCGUGGGUAAGUGUUUUAAGUGCAACCAAUUUGGGCAUAGGUCUAGUGAUCCGCUCGAAGGCUCCAUGUGGUGGAGCGAGAUGAGGAAGAUGGUGAAGUAUGCUGUGAAACCGAUGGAGACGACAACGAAUUUGAGGAGGAUGGUAAAUGUCAAAACUAUGUGGUGA